AUGGACGAUGGAAAUGCGACCGAUCUGGGGCCUGAUGAGAAGCUUUCACAGUCUCAGCUACGUGAAUCUUUCUUGCAGAGUUUUUCGUCGGGUAAAAUGACUGGCAGAGCUUCUGAAGAUAUUACAGAGCGUUCUAUGACGGAACUCUCCGGCAUAACUUACGGCUCGGAUGGCCCAGGUAUUACUGCCUCUGAUCCUCUGCAUCCUGUCUUGGAAGAACUUCCAGAACAUCCAGUAUCAGCACCCACAUGGGUACUCCCUUCCAAGGAUGAACUCCUUCAUAAACACGACCUAGUCUCUGUUGCUGUCCUCCAAAAGAUGGACGAGUCGUAUGCCCUAACUCAGGCUCAUCAAGGACCAGCGUUUCUUCUCCAACUACGAUGGGACAGGAAAAUCAUCGAGACUUACGAGAGAAUUAUCGAGAGCUUUCGCAACAAGACACUAUGUCCUGAAGAACAUUGGGAUUCUCUGGAGGAACUGCUUUGCAAAAAGUACCAGUUCACCCACCACCAGAUAUCAGUCCUAUCCCGAGAAACGCCCAUCAAAUCCGCAGUCCGCCAAUUCAAAAAGCACGCAACGAAGGAACUUGGCGAUGAACGCGCCAGCUAUCUACCCGACGAUCACAAAGACUACGUCAUGGUCGGGACCCUCGGUAAACUUGAUGUAAUGGUUCGACAUUUUGCUGAGACAGCAUUAGGCGAGGGUAUUUAUAAACCGUUUUUGUCAGACACCAUCGAGAGAGAAGGCAUGCGGUACCUUUAUUUUCCCAGCUUGCCACUUCGAAUCACUUCCCGAACCCUUGUUACUUGCUGCUUGGCAGGACUGUUCUGCGUGCCUGUUAUUUUCCAGGUUUCAGGCGUGGUGUCUCGAGCGGGAGCUAUUGCUGCGUUUGGAGUAGGGGUCACCCUUGGGUGUUUUAUCAUGAAUAUUAUAUUUGAUGAUAUGAAGGCGAACACUAUGUUGACGUUGGCGCUUGCAGCUCUUUUGAGCAAUUGUUUGACGAGUAACUAG